AUGGACGAGCAGCAGUUUCGAUUAGGAUUCCAUUUUUGGUCUGAAUUCUUUCAAGAGAGGUGGAGACGGAAACCUAGGCCUGUAAUUACGCGGAUGCUGCAUUGGACGGAAACCGUUACCAAUAUAGGACGAUGCAGAGUCUCUGGUCGAGGAGGAUCAGAGUUAGGGAUGUCUGCUAGUGGAAACAGAUGGCUCGCUACUGCAAAGAACUCAUGUGGGUCUUUCUUAAAACUCUCCUGGAGUCGGAAUUUGAAUCCAGAGGUUAGGGUAUACUCGUCUGGUUCGCAACAAGUUGUAAGCUUUCGGCUCGUGAUGACGAAGAUGCAAAACUCAUCGACUUUCUUCGUCGAGAAACAACAGGGCAGAGAACGGCUAAAGACUCACCACAUCAAUGGGCCUUAUCAAUGGGCUUUGCUGUGA